AUGGCAGUGGGGCAGGUGCUGCUUGUGCUGCUGACUGCCUCCAUCGUGACUGCCACCCGGGACCUGCUGCUGAACACGUGCAUGGAUGCUAAGCACCACAAAACCAAGCCUGGCCCAGAGGGGCUGCUGCAUGGCCAGUGUUCCCCCUGGAAGGACAACGCCUGCUGCACAGCCAACACCAGCUCAGAAGCCCACAAGGACCAGUCCUACCUCUACAACUUCAACUGGAACCACUGUGGGGUGAUGCCACCCAAGUGCAAGCGGCACUUCAUCCAGGACACGUGCUUGUAUGAGUGUUCACCCAACCUGGGUCCUUGGAUUGACAAGGCUGACAGCAGCUGGCGUCGGGAGAGGAUUCUCAAUGUGCCACUCUGCAAAGAGGACUGCGAGGAGUGGUGGGAGGAUUGCAAAGACUAUGUCACCUGCAAAGAGAACUGGCACAAGGGCUGGAACUGGGCAACAGGAACAAACCGUUGCCCUUGGGGCUCCAUGUGCAGGCCCUUCUCCCACGUCUUCCCCCGACCAGCUGACCUGUGUGAGAAGAUCUGGUCCAACUCCUACAAAUACACCACGGAGCACCGGGGCAGUGGGCGCUGCAUCCAGAUGUGGUUUGAUCCUGCCCGGGGAAACCCCAAUGUGCUUGUGGCAAAAUACUAUGCUUGGAAGAAGAGAUCCUCUCCUGCUUGGACGAAGAACGUGACUCCUGCUGAGACUGGCAAAGCAGUGUGUGUUUUGCCAUGGCCUGCCCUGGUCCUGCUGCCUCUUGCCCUCGUGAUGCUCCCCUAG